CAAAUCGGACCCAUGUGGUCUUCAGUUGGUUCAAGAUUAUGAGAGGUUGAAACUUGAAUAGUGAGGUUAGGGGGUUUCUAGGGAAUUUCAGAUUUUUAGGCGAUUCAUACACACCUGUUGGCAUGGUAGCAUCGAGAAUGAGUGGUGUUUUAAAUUGGGCAGGGGAACAGUAUAGAAAAUUACUGCAUUUUCCCAUUCUUCUAAAUUAUAGACAGUUAUAAAUUUCACAUGACCCAUAUGUAAUGCAGUUAGGAGCACUGCUUCAUAGAGAAAGGUAAAUAGGCAAAGAGUUCUGUGAAGACCAAGUGAAAAGAAUAAAAUAUGAGAUGUGUGUGUAGGAUUCUGUGAGACUUCUGUACGUAAGUAAUCUUUGUAGAAGUAAUCCAAAUGACACAAAAAUGUCAAAGGGGAAUAAUGGAAUUUGAUUUAAACACUUUGGGAAAAGAGGCAGGCUUCUGAACUUUAGAAAGCCUCCUAUCAAUGAUUUACAAUAAAUACAAAUAAAAGAAUCAAUGUCGACUCUGAGGCAAAGCGGAAAAACCGUGGGUCUCGAGAACCUGUAAGAUGUCCGGGAAGCUAGUCUGUAUUGAUGAUUAUGAGAAACAUGCCAAAAUGGUUCUUCAAAAAUCAGUUUAUGAUUAUUAUCGGUCGGGUGCAAAUGACGAGGAAACCUUAGCAGACAAUAUUGAUGCAUUUUCAAGAUGGAAGUUGUAUCCCCGGGUACUCAGAGAUGUGUCCGCGCUCGAUCUGUCGACCUCCGUUUUGGGGCAGAGAGUCAGCAUGCCGAUAUGUGUCGCUGCCACCGCUCUGCAACGGAUGGCUCACGCCGAUGGAGAAAUUGCCACCGUGAGAGCUUGCAGGGCUAUGGGGACAGGAAUGAUGCUGAGCUCAUGGGCCACCUCAUCCAUCGAAGAAGUCGCCCAAGCAGCCCCAGAUGGAAUUCGCUGGCUCCAGCUGUAUAUCUACAAAGACCGCGAGCUCACCAAGCAGCUCGUUGAGCGGGCAGAGAAGAUGGGCUAUAAAGCCAUAUUUUUGACUAUGGACACUCCUUAUCUAGGCAACCGCCUGGAUGACACACGCAACCAGUUUCACCUUCCACCACAUCUCAGGAUGAAAAACUUUGAGACGAGUGACUUGGCCUUCUCUUCCAAGAAGGGAUAUGGGGAUAAGAGUGGACUUGCCGGCUAUGUGGCUCAAGCCAUAGAUCCUUCUAUCAACUGGCAGGAUAUUAAAUGGCUGAAGGGACUGACUUCCUUACCAAUCGUCGCCAAAGGCAUUCUUAGAGCUGAUGAUGCCCGAGAGGCAGUGAAAUAUGGGGUCAGUGGAAUCUUGGUAUCUAACCAUGGGGCACGCCAACUGGAUGGAGUGCCUGCUACAAUCGAUGUCUUGUCUGAAGUCGUGGAAGCGGUGGAAGGGCAAGUGGAAGUGUUUCUGGAUGGGGGAGUUCGGAAGGGCACAGAUGUUCUUAAAGCUAUAGCUCUUGGUGCCAGGGCGGUAUUUAUAGGCCGACCUAUUAUCUGGGGAUUGGCUUAUCAGGGUGAGGAAGGAGCCAAGAAUGUCCUUAAAAUGCUGAAAGAAGAAUUCCAAUUGGCAAUGGCUCUGACUGGGUGCCGGAAUGUAAAAGGCAUUGACAAGACAUUGGUGAGGAAAAAUCCAUUUGCUGUUUCCAAGUUCUGACAGUGCACAAUAUUUUCCCAUCUGUAUUCUUUUUUUCCAAUGAGUGUUUCUUGACAAAGAGAUACUGUGCAGAGGGUGACCAUGGUCUGUAAUUUCGCGCCACUCUACAAUAGACGUCGUUAUUCUCCAUCAAAAUAAAACCCUCUUUUAGUUAAUUGCUUUUGACUUUUCAAUGUGUGUCCUUAGGAACCUUUAAAAAAGAAAUGUGCUUGCAUCCUGGAACUAAAUUAACUGUUUAAAAGAAAACAUUAAAAAAAGUGUUUGGGCAACAAAAUCCACUGGAAUGGAAAAAGUUGGAUUUGCAAAAGAUUCCCUUUGGCUGAAUUGAACUUGCCUCUGAGAUAUUCAGGACUUGGCCCCUGGAAAGCUUUUAACAUUGGAAUUCUCUUAAAGAAAGACACUGAUUACUCUCAAAUGCUGAGAAGCGGUUGGAGGGCCUAAAUACCUGAGAUCUAGAUUGUGAUCCCCGUGUUGGACAGGGUCUGUGUCUGACCUGAUUAAUUUAUAUCUACCCGGCACUUAGUACAGUCCUCUGUUCCUUGGUACAUAAUAAGCACUUAGCAAAAAACCAUGAUAAUACUGACUUCCUGGGAGAUGGGGUCAUAGGCCGUUUGAACCCAAAGCGGUGGCUGAACACCCAGUGGGAUGUUGGAAUGUUGAGAAGUGUCAGUCUCCACUGCUUCCAUCUCUGGGCCCAUUUCCCUUUGGUGUGUUUGACCUUCUCUGUUUCCUCUUUGCUCACAGUCCUCUUCCUUCCCAUUUCACUGUGGCUUCACCUCCACUACUUAUACUCUGCCUUACCUCGCAAUACGUUGUUGGAGAGACAGCCACCAUCAGGAGAAUAUUGGGGUUUCUGUGCACUGAUAAUAGUUAAUUUUGACUCUCGUGACUUUAGAAGUGGGAUUUGGAAGAGUGAAGUGGCAGGAUGUGCUUAACAGUUACCUUUAUUAUUAUGAUUAGGAAGAGAAAAUUUGGAGCCCUGCCUUCUUCAUGAUAAUUACCAUUUGGGGAAAUUUGUAAAAGACGUCUUUAUAUUUCCAGGUGGACAGAACCCUAAAUGUGACCUAGCCUCAAGGUUGUUAUAGCUCCAAAAUCAAUCAAUAAGUAGUAUACUCUGAGUGUUUACUCUGUUCAGGGCACUAUAGUGAGGAUUUGGAGGGUGCAGUGAAAUUAGUAAAAACACUUCCUGCCUUUAAGGAGUUUACAAUCUCUUGAAAACCUCGAGAUGAAAUAUUAUCCUCUUUGAUAAUAACAGUACUGCAGCAAUUUUCAAACCAAUUCCAGCUUUGCUUGUUGCAUUCCAGUAGGGAAUAAGUUAUUUACUAAGAAUAUAUAGAAACCCAGAGGAGUUACCUCUUCCCUAAUUUCUGAAAACAGUGAUUAUCAUUAGAGUUUGGUAAUUAGACUUGACAGACUGACAGUCUUGCUUUCUGUUCUAAGGCAUAUUUGCCUCUUAGUAUGAAAAUGUGAAUUUCUAAUGUGAAAAUAUACCUACACAAAUUAUGUUUACAUGGACCCCUAGUCGCCUAGUAAAACAGGACCACUCCACCACUAGAGCGUAAGCUGCUUGUGAGCAGGGAAUAUCAACUUGUUUCAUCAUCAGUGGUAUUUAUUGAGCGCCUAUGCGCUGAAGAGCACUGCACAAAUUGCUUCAAAGAGAAGACAGAGACAACAGAGUCGGUAGAGAAGUUCUCUGCCCACAACAAGGUCUCAGUAUAGAGGACGUCUUUAUUUCGUUCAUCCCCAUCUCCUAAUUCAGUGCUCUGCACUGAACAAGCCCUCAAUAAAAACUGUAACUACUGCUUAAAAUUAUAUCUUAAGCCUGUUGCAGAGCUAAGGGGAGGAAUGCUCAGUAUGUACUAUACUUUUUAUUAUACAUAAAUAUGCACUGCUCUUGUAAUGUGAUUUGUGUAAGUGACCUAACCUUUCUGAUAGUCUGUUUUACAUCUGUAUAUGGAAGAUGCCAUUCUGGUCAUUCUGGCUAGGGAAGUAUUUUGAAAUCCAUAGAUGGAAGCCAUAAUUGAAAUACAAAAUACAAUCUGAAUGCAAUUUUGAUCAUUCUUCUGUGUGACUGCUGAACUAACCACUCCCCCGUUGAUCUUGCCCAGAUAUUGGAGUUUUUAUAAAAAUAACCUUAAAGAAAUGGAGUAUUACAAGGUGAAAGAAAAUUGUGGCUUAAUUUCAAAAUACAAAAAAGCCUUGUAUUAUAAGAUUCUUGCUUGAUUUAUUGCAUUAUGUGCAGUGUUGUGUGGCAUUUGCAUGGCAACAAAAUAAAUUUUCUCUCUUUAAGGACA